AUGGCAGCCACCAUAACAGCCAAACGAAUCGGAGAAGUCAUCAGAGCCAACAUGGACAAGACCGUCAAGGUCCGAUUCGCAAAGACAAAGAUGCAUCCUAUAGUCCUCAAGCCCGUAACUACACAUAAAAACAUUCUCGCACACGACGAAACAAACAAAUGUGUGGUGGGAGACAUUGUGCGAAUCGAAUCAUGUCCACAGAUAUCAUCAACAAAGAAAUUCACGGUUACAGAGAUUGUGAAGCCCGCUGUACGGGUAGUGGAUCCUGAUCAUCCUGGGAGGGUUAUAUCGCAGAGGGCUGAUGAGGCUUGGAAUCGUAUCGAUGCAUAG